AUGUCAACCCGUCGCCAGCAUGCGAAGUCACGCAAAGGGUGUAUAACAUGCAAGGCUCGUCAUGUCAGGUGUGAUGAGACCGGUCCUCCUUGUGGGCGUUGUAAAAUCCGCGGAGAUAUCUGCGAGUAUGCUGGCCCGCGAUCAACUGAGGACGCUGCCGCUUCAACCUCUGUGAGCCAGGAACCAGUGGCGUCUAUCUCAGCGAGACCUCGCGAGGUAAUUUUCCCGGCCAGCAGGCAUCUACUAGAGUUGCAGCUCAUGCACCGAUGGACUGCCUCAACAUACAAAUGCUGCUGCAUGAUCGGCUCUGAGGACGAUGAGGUCUGGCAGUCCUGGGUGCCACAACUCGCCAUGAAGCAUGAUUACCACUUAUACGGGCUCUUGUCUCUCACCGCAUUCGAAAUUGCGAGAUUGGCGCAGACGCCAAAUCGCCAGCAAUAUAUUGAAUCGGCGACUGAAUAUCACGGACUCGCGCUGAGCAGCUUCCGUGUUCAAAUAUCCUCUUCUGUCAUCGACGACGACAACAUCGACGCUGUGGUUUGCAUGUCACUAAUGCUUUUAGUUCUAGCAUUCGCGUCAGCACAAACCAGAUGA